AGCGCCGGCACAGGUGUAGGGAUGGGCCGACCGAUCUGCGGGGAUUAAAUUCGACGAGAGUUAAUUGCGCCAACGAACUCUGCGCCUGUGAGGGUUGGUGCCGUUUUGAGUCGACGUUCUCCCCCCGAGGAACAAGGCGGGCUGAGAAGGAGAAAGUAGGAGGGAAGAUUGAAGGGGAGGUCCUGUUUUUCCUGCUGCCGUCACCCUGACAGGAGAGUGACAGGGGAAUCUGCCACAGGAAGAAGCUCACCUGCACUGAGGUUACACCACCUUCCAGCACCUCAACGAAAGAGGGAAGGAAUUUCUCACGGACAGAUCGGAGAUGAAAGCUUGGGUUAGGCGAGCGUCUUAGCCGAGAGGUCUUGGUGUGCGAGUGUCGUGCCUGAGAUGGAUCUGAGAUUGGGGCUUCUCCAGCUCCUGGUCAUUUUCCAGGCCUCCGCCCAGGAGAAUGUCAAUAAUUGUUCUGGUGUGACGGAUAUCAAAGUGGAGCCUGGAAGCACAACGCAACUGAAAAUCACCUGGACAAACCCGACCACACCGUUUGUUUCAAUUCGUUGGAUUGUAGCUGAUCAAGGAGAAAAUAUAACUGAUCAAACCAAUAAAGUGACGGUUUCUAACCUCGAUCCUGGGCAACAAUACGAUGUCACAAUCACAGUCUUGGCGCCGAACUGCUCGGAGAACGCCACAUCUAAAGGAACCACAAAUCCUUCUCAGGUCACGAAUGUAACUGUAGAGAACAGAACAACAGAGUCGCUGACUGUGACGUGGAAGGCACUUGAGGAUGUCAGAAAGGAUGAAUACACUUACAACGUUAGUGUCACAGGUCGUGUGGACCUAAUCUGUGACAAUCCAAAAGCUCAGGAAUGUACUGUGCCCGGGCUGGAGCCUGGAUUGCAGUACAAUGUCAAAGUGCAGUCAAUUACACCAGAGAACACAGUCAAUGAAUCAGUAGCAAUAUCAGCUACAACCAAUCCUUCUCAGGUCACGAACGUAACUGUAGAGGAGAGAACAACAGAGUCGCUGACUGUGACGUGGAAUACACCUGAGGAUGGCAGAAAGGAUAAUUACACUUACAACGUUCGUGUCACAGGUCGUGUGGACCUAAUCUGUGACAAUCCAAAAGCUCAGAAAUGUACUGUGCCCGGGCUGGAGCCUGGAUUGCAGUACAAUGUCAGCGUGCAGUCCGUUACACCAGAGAACACAGUCAGUGAAUCAGUAGCAAUAUCAGCUACAACCAAUCCUUCUCAGGUCACGAACGUAACUGUAGAGAACAGAACAACAGAGUCGCUGACUGUGACGUGGAAGGCACUUGAGGAUGUCAGAAAGGAUGAAUACACUUACAACGUCAGUGUCACAGGUCGUGUGGACCUCAUCUGUGACAAUCCAAAAGCUCAGGAAUGUACUGUGCCCGGGCUGGAGCCUGGAUUGCAGUACAAUGUCAGCGUGAAGUCAAUUACACCAGAGAACACAUUCAGUGAAGUACAUCAAAUAUCAGCCACAACUAAUCCUUCUCAAGUCACCGGCAUAUCCAUAAGGGACAGAACAACAGAGUCGCUGACUGUGACGUGGAAUGCACCUGAGGAUGGCAGAAAGGAUAAUUACACUUACAACAUCGCUGUCACAGGUCGUGUGGACCUAAUCUGUGACGAUCCAAAAACUCAGGAAUGUACUGUGCCCGGGCUGGAGCCUGGAUUGCAGUACAAUAUCAGCGUGCAGUCAGUUACACCAGAGACCACAUUCAGUGAAUCAGUAGCAAUAUCAGCUACAACCAAUCCUUCACCCGUCACCAGUAUAUCUGUGUUGAUCAGAACAACAACGUCGUUGACUGUGAUGUGGACGCCAUCAGAAGAUAGCAGAAAGGAAUCCUACACUUAUAGCGUCGUUGUCACAAGUGAGAAUGGAACUUGGAACGACAGUACUCCCCAAGGUGCUGAGCAGUUAGACCUGCAAGGGCUGCAGCCGGGUUUGCGAUACAACGUCAGCGUGUACUCAGUCACACCAGAGAACACAAUCAGCGAACCACUUUCUGAAUCGAACACGACAAAUCCUGAGCACACCCCUGGUAUCACUUGCUACCGGCGUUCCGGUUACACCCUUACCGUGCGCUGGCUGAGGCCGAGAGGACGUUACACGGGAUUUAACGUGUCUCUGAACGCAAAACCCCCGGUGAACGACAAUUACACCAACUCUCUGACGGGAGAAUUCAAGGAUCUUUACCCGGGGAGGACUUACACCGUGACUGUCUACACCCAGCUGGACAAGAUCCGCAGCCAAAAGGCCACCGAGGAAUGUACCACGGAUCCUGCACCCAUCAUCGCCGGAGCUGUCGUUGGCUCCUUACUUGGCCUUGUCCUGAUUGUGUUAUUGCUGUUCUUCCUCACCAACCGGUACAGGCGGAAACAUGUACGACCAGAAUUCUCAAACAUGAAGACUCUGGACAGUGUGGUGCCCACCUCCAAGCCACAUCCUGUGGAGGGAUAUGAAGAUUAUUUUCGAAAGAAUCACGCCGACUCAGACUUUGGCUUUGCCGAGGAAUAUCAGACGUUAAGCACAGUCGGCACAAGCCAGUCGAAGGAGGAGGCUUUACUGGCGGAGAACAAGGAGAAGAAUCGUUACACCAACGUCCUGCCCUACGACUCUUCUCUCGUGAGCCUUUCUCUGCUGCCGAACACUGUCAACUCCAACUACAUCAACGCCAGCUACAUGCCGGGGUAUAAAUCCGAAAAGGAGUUUAUCGCCACUCAGGGCCCACUCCCGGGCACCAUCGCGGAUUUCUGGCGAAUGGUUUGGGAGCAAAAUUCCGAGGCUAUUGUCAUGGUUACAAACUGUACGGAGCUAAACCGGGUGAAGUGUGAGCAUUACUGGCCCCUGGACUACACUCCCUGCACUUACUGGGACAUCACUGUGUCUGUCACGUCCGAGACCAUCCUGCCCGAGUGGACGCUGCGUGACUUCAGUGUUAGGAAGACUGAUGAGGAGGAAAGCCGCACAGUCCGACAUUUCCACUUCACGGCUUGGCCGGAUCACGGCGUUCCCGACACCACUGAUGUGCUCAUUCGCUUCCAAAACCUGCUCCGCAGUUACCUGAACGAGAGGAAGAGGAAAGGCAGCACCAUCGUACACUGCAGUGCGGGGGUGGGCAGGACUGGCACAUUGAUCGCCCUGGACUACCUGCUGCAGCAGAUCCAGUGUGAGCAGGUCGUCGACGUCUACGGGAUCGUCCACGAGAUGCGGAAGAGGCGCCCGUUCAUGGUGCAGACGGAGUCUCAGUACAUCUUCCUGCACCAGUGCAUGCUGGACACAGUGAGCUCAAAGCCGGUGACCGAUCACAUCUACGAGAACCAAGGUGACCUGAUCUACGAGAACGUGUCCGCUGUUAGCGGAUGAAGCAGCCAGAGACCAGUUCACUAACCCUCAGUGUGACCGCCAGCCCGUCAGCUCGUGCCGUCCGUUAAUUAUUCGGGGCUGGUUCUCGAGCCUCCAAUUUCCAAUCAUUCCCGCAAAUCCCCAGUGCGCCGUGAUUUGAUGCGCGUCUGUUUAACCGACUGUACCUUCCUUCCUUCCCCUCCAUCUUCAGGUCGCGCCAGAAGACCUCUUCCUCUUCUUCGAUCGGGCCUAGGGUCACCUACCCUUCUCCCCCCUUCUCCCCCCCACUCCCACCGCGGUCAGCAUCGUACUCCGCCAUGUCAAGCUAAGUGCAAAUUGUCGCUAUCGCCACUGAUGUGGCUCCUCGCCCUUCAAAUCCCUCCACCGCCUCGCACCCCUCCCUACCCAUGUGUCCUGCUGACCCCAUAUCAACCUGACCGCUCCCUCCGCUCAACGGGCUCCGACCUGCUCCAAGUCCCACCGCGCCCCACGCGCCCGCCCGCCCAGC